UUUACAGAAGAUAAUAUCCUCCGGAAAGAAACUGCAGUAGGCGUACUGACUUUCAUCUCCUUGAUCCUCUACCUUUUCGUCCUUCUUGGAUGUAUAAAUAAAGGCGCUGGAAUCGACAACCUAUAUUGGGUUUCGAUCUCCCAGAGCGCAACCCUGCCCAGCACCUUGAAUCUAGGUGAAGUUCGAAUCGGGUAUUUCGGGCUAUGCACCAACAUCGGUCACACUGGUGAGUUAACUUGUUUCCCCCGCGACGCAAUCCCACCUACCUCAUCUUUCGCUUCAUCAUCGCCAAUUCUACUCGCCGCUAUCGCACUGCAAAAACACGCCUUAUACCCUCUUCCCGCAGUCGCCUCUACGAUCUUCCUGCUCAGUACCAUCUACUACUUCAUCGUGAAGGGAAGAGGCGGAAGGAAUAAGAAAGUAGCUAAGGCGCUCCUGGGUAUAAGUGCGACGUUGGGUCUUGCCAGCGCGCUGACAUGUAUGGCUUCUGCGAGGGCACUCGAAGGCGCUGAUGAGAUACUCGGCGGUGUGAAAGAGGUCAGGAGUGGAAUUUGGCUCGGCGUACUCCUUUGGAUUGCAGCCUCA